GCACCGGAUCUCUGAACGUUCAGUUACGUUCCAAGUGGCGACAUGGCCAGCGGGGUUCCGGAAAUCCAUUACUAUGAGCACGAGCUCAGCAUCCGCCGGGUCAUUGAGGAGUCUGGCCUGCAGGACCUGGACCAGGCCCUCAACAUCUGCGACCUGUCCAGCGUGGAGCAGAAGCACCGUCUCUGGCAGCGUCUCCUGCCCAGGAUUAGGCCUUACUAUGCGGUCAAGUGCAACGAUGACCCCGUGGUAGUCCAGUUGCUGGCCGAUCUGGGCACUGGCUUCGACUGCGCCUCCAAGAACGAACUCAAGCUGGUCCUAGGCUGCAAUGUUUCACCGGAGCGGAUAAUAUUUGCCAAUCCUUGCCGACCUGUCAGUCACCUAGAGUACGCCAAGGAGCAUCAGGUGGCCAACGGCACGGUGGACAAUGAGUUUGAGAUUUACAAGCUGCACAAGCACUAUUCCAACUCCAAUUUGAUUGUCAGAUUCAAGAGCGAGGCCAAGGAGGCUCAGUGUCCCCUGGGCGAUAAAUUUGGCUGCGAUGCGGAUGUGGAUGCCACGGCCCUGAUGCUACUAGCCAAGUCCCUGAACCUAAAAGUAACUGGCACCAGCUUCCAUGUGGGCUCUGGUUGCAGCGAGUUGGAGGCCUAUGACCGGGCCAUCAAGAAGGCCAAGAACUUGUUCAAGUUUGGCGAGCUGCUUGGUUAUGACAUGGACUUGCUGGACAUUGGCGGCGGUUUUCCAGGCAGCGAUGAUGGGAAGUUUGAGAAGAUUUCCGAGAUCGUGAAUACUUCGGUGGAGCGCUAUUUUCCCGAUGAGCGUGUUAAAAUAAUUGCAGAACCCGGACGCUUCUUUGUGGCUGCUGCUUACACUUUGAUUUGCAAGAUCCAUGCCAAGAGGGAGGUUCGCAACGAGGCUGGAAAGCUGGACACUGUGAUGUACUACCUCAACGAUGGUGUCUAUGGAUCGUUUAACUGUAUUCUGUAUGAUCACCAGGUGGUCACAGCGGAGCAUUAUCUGGACGAAGCCAAUUCCUUGCCGCAGUUUAAAUCUCUGAUCUGGGGGCCCAGCUGCGAUGCCUUGGACAAGAUAUCGGAGGACCUGCUGUUGCCCAACCUGAACCGCGGUGACCUUAUAGGGUUUCCCAACAUGGGCGCUUAUACUGUGCCCAUAGCCAGUCCCUUCAAUGGAUUUGAGCUGCCAAAGACCCUAUAUUUCCGGGCCAUAUGACUAAGUUGUCAUCAAUGGGAAAUAAAAUAUAUUUUCGAUAUCAUUUGUA